CCUCUCAAAAGACCCGAAGUGCGGUGUAAGGAUAUAUAAGUGGCUUUCGUCUUUUCUUUUAGUUCAACAUUGUAAAUAACUCGAAUGUUUAACAAGAUUUUCCUCGUUUCAGCUGCCUUGACUGGUGCUGUAGUUAACGCAGCAAUAUACGCGACAUUCUACUCAGACUCUGAUUGCACGAAGGAUGCAUCGACAGAUUUUAGCGUAAAUAAUCCUGGUUGUUUCAGUGUUGGUGGUAAUGAAUACGUCAAAUACCAUGGCGUAAACGGACAAUGUUUCUCGUUGGUUAAGUCACCAGCACCAAGCUGUCCAUGCCAAUUCGAUUGUAUUACUGGUAUUAAUAGUGUGGGCAGCACAGUUAGUACAUGUGGACUUGCUAUCCCUACUAAUACAUGCUACCACAUCGGGAAAUCUGAAUCGCUUCGAUUCAUAGGUGGUUCCUGUGGCACAAGUAACUGUCCAGAUCGCUCAAGUAGAUCUAUUCCUACUCUUGAAGAAUACCAAGAGGAUAUUGAGGGAGUUGUCGAAGAUGAAGAAGAGCAAACAGAAGAAGCGGAAGAAGAGCCAGAGGAAGAAAGAAGUGAAUCCUCAGAAGAAACAUCAGAAGAAGAAGAGAGAAGAGAAUCGCCAGAAGAAGCAUCAGCAGAAUUAAUAAGUACGUACAGUAAUGGUACAUCACCUGCUCUCGACCGCAGAGACUAUGGUAAACCUGGGCUUGGAUACUACCGUUUCUGCAAGGAUGAAUACUGUACUCUUGACUGUUCAAUCAAUUUUAGAACAACUAACACAGGUUGUAUUGCUGGUGAUGGAUUCAAAUCUAUUCAGUUUUUAGGUAGUGUUUCAUCGGACAUUAAUCUUCGUCUAGUUCACACACCACAUGGAGAAUGUAGUUGUCAAGAUGAUUGUUGGCAUGUCACUGGUAAUGAGUGUAUAGCAUUACCAGAGAAACAGCGAGGUACAGGCUCAUAUCGUAUGACGACAGAGAGUAGCUGCGCUAAAAACAAUUGUUAAAUAAGCAGGUAAUUACGAAGUUUGGGAUAAAUACGCUAGUAAUAAUAAUAAUAAUACAUACCUACAUACAUCCGCCAAUUUUACGAAUUUGAGCCGUUUGUGGGAUUUGAGGAGAGAGCGGAUCGGAGGAUAUUGGCGACGUAGGAACAGCUACCGUCGUUGCUGAGAUGAAGGCCUAUGAGGUCAUAUAACAUUGAGUGAAGAUUUUCACACAAAGUAGCUCAACACAGGCGCUGUAGAUGAUUGCAUGGGAUGUAUGGUUCUAAUGCAUGAGAAAGCAGAGAGUUUCAUCGAUUAUCUACGUGAGGCAAUUUCUGAAUUAAUAGGGUGGAAUGAACGCUAUAAAAGAACAUAUGGGAUAAUUGAGGGUUGAGGAACAGAUUAAGCUGUUCAAUAACACUUUUUCCGGGGUCGUUGCUGAGUACCUAAUACGCCCACCAACGAUGACGUUAGUAUUCGAUCAUCAAAGAUGAUCUCAAACAUCAGAAUAUUUCACGUGAGGUGCUUCUUUAUAUUGAAUUAAAUUUACUACUCUAAAAAAUCUAAGAAGAAAACUUCUAUGACUUAUGCUAUUUGAUCCCCUUCAAGGCUUCAUAAUGAUUACCGUUGACGUGACAGAUAGCUAUCAACCGUU